CAUCUUUACAGCAGAAUAAACUUUACACUGUACCAACUGAGAUGCAGUUUCUGGCAAGUACUGAGGACAAAGAUCUGACAGAGGAGAAGGAGGUUGCCGGUGAUGCUCUCUCAGACUUAAAGAAGGAGGAGGAAUAUAAAACAAAUAUAUGGAAAGGUUUCCUCAUCUCAAUCCCGUACGCAGCCAGCAUUGGAGGUACAGCAACGCUGACGGGAACUGCCCCAAACCUCAUCCUUCUGGGACAGCUGAAGAGUUAUUUUCCAGAAUGUGAUGUGGUGAACUUUGGUUCUUGGUUUAUGUUUGCAUUUCCUUUAAUGCUGAUUUUUCUUCUCCUGGGAUGGCUGUGGAUCUCCAUCCUGUAUGGAGGAAUUAACCUGAGGGGCUGGAGGACAAAAAAGUCAAAUAUAAGAGUGGAUGCAGAAGCCCGAGCCAGAGAAGUGAUAAAGGAAGACUAUCAGAAACUGGGUCCAACAAAGUUUGCAGAACAGGCAAUUUUCUUCUUCUUCUGCAUGUUUGCUAUCAUGCUUUUCUCCAGGGAUCCCAAAUUCAUUCCAGGAUGGGCAAGCUUGUUUGCACCAGGGUUUAUCUCAGAUGCAGUUACGGGAAUCACCAUUGUGAUUAUACUGUUCUUCUUCCCUUCGCAAAAACCUUCCUUCAGGUGGUGGUUUGACUUGAAAGCACCAAACACUGAGACGCAGCCCUUGCUGACUUGGAGGAAGGCCCAAGAGACGGUGCCCUGGAACAUCAUCUUGCUGCUCGGAGGAGGCUUUGCCAUGGCAAAGGGCUGUGAGGAGUCUGGUUUGUCUGUCUGGAUAGGAGGGCGUCUGCAUCCCUUGGAGGGUGUACCACCGCCCGUGGCUGUCAUCCUCAUCACGAUUGUCAUCGCCUUAUUCACGGAAUUCGCCAGCAACACAGCCACUAUUAUCAUCUUUCUGCCUGUCUUGGCAGAGCUGGCCAUUCGUCUGAAAGUAAAUCCCCUCUAUUUAAUGAUACCAGGAACUAUAGGAUGCUCCUACGCCUUCAUGCUGCCAGUCUCAACACCUCCUAACUCCAUCGCCUUUUCUUCUGGACACUUGAUGGUCAAGGAUAUGGCAAGAACUGGGUUGCUCAUGAAUCUUAUGGGAGUUUUGCUUCUUAGCUUGGCUAUGAACACAUGGGCCAAGAGCAUCUUCCAGCUGGGGACCUUCCCUGCAUGGGCCAACAUCCAUGCGGAAAAUGCCACCUCACUCUUGACAGCUGUAGAAAAUGUCACUUUAAGUGCACUAAAUAAAAUGUGAACAAAGCCA